AUGUCAUCCUUUUCUACUGGUAUUGGUGGAGCUGGACAUGGUAAACCUUAUAAAGGGGAUGCUGUGGCUGCUUUUAUUAAUGGUGUGGUUAUUCGACAUCCAUUUGUUGUUCUCCGACGUCAGUGCCAAAUACAUGACCAUGCCUAUCGGAAGCACUUUUUUCCUACUACUUUGGUGCCUGGUUUUCUCUCAUUAUGGAAAGGAGCUGUUGGUAAUGGAGUGCUUUGGGCUUUUUCAAGCGUCUCAGAAUUGGUCAUCGCUGAAUUAUUAGGCUUGCCAAAAUCCUUUGUACUCGAUGGAAGUUCUCAACGAUUUUGGCGGCAUGUCUGGCUUAAAACUUUUAAUUUUAUUUUCUGCACCCCUGUAAUUGUUACUGCCUUUCUUGAAACAGUCCGUACUGGCACUGGUUUAGCCGAAGAUCUCCAAAUUGCUGAAAUUAUUACAAAAGGAUAUGAUAGACUUAGGCAAGACGUUUUUGGUGGUUCUGCUGUAGUAGAAGGCGUUCGUAGAAGGCAUUCUUUGCUUUGGCUGGCAUUUCCCACAUCCCUUCAUCAAACAAUGCAUUUUCUUGUCUGUCAAUAUGUUUAUACUACUUCAUAUUCUUGGACACGCACCUUUGUUAGUCGUAAACUUCCUUCAGAACGUAGGCGUUAUCACACAAUUAUGCCAGAACUUUUUUCUUCAAUGACCAGCGUUUUUGUUGCAGAUAUCGUUUGUUAUCCACUUGAGACUGUUCUUCACAGACUUUAUAUUCAAGGCACCCGAACAUUAAUAGACAAUUUGGAUAGUGGUGCAGAAGCUUUAGUUCCUGCUGGUCGUUAUUCGGGAAUUUUUGAUUGUUUUUCUUCUAUAAUAAGAAAAGAAGGGGUUAUGACGCUUUUUAGUGGGAUUGGUGCAAUCUUUUUGCAAUAUAUGCUUCAACAUUGUGUGGCUGGAAUAACUUAUUGGUUGCUUGAUAGAGGCAGUCGAGGAUAUACUUCUGGCCAUUUAAAAAUCAAAAUGGGUUCUUCAGAAUUUGUAGACGUUGCUAAUGUAGAGACAACUUAUGACCCUUUUGCAAAGAACAAUAUUCCUCAAAAUCCUAGCGCUCAAUUCGCUGCUACAUCACAAAAUUCACAGCCAUCAACAUCCGGUUUAUUUCCUUCAUUUGCUCAAGUCCAAAAACAAAAUAAAUUUAACGACGACCCUUUUCUUUCUGCCUUACAGCGGCGUAAAACUGAUCGACAGCAACAUGAAUUUGACUACAAAUAA